UUUUAGUCUUAGUCUUGAAAACCUGAAGUAUUGGUUUUUGUCUUGUAUUUUCUCGGUGUAUACAAAAAUUAUCAGCACAAUUGAUAGAUUAGUAAUUAAUAAUAAAUCGUUGAUCACCGCCACUUUCCGCUCUUACGUACAGUCUUAAAACAAAGGAAAUUAAUAGCAAGGAAAAAAAAAUUGUAAAAAUAAAAAGUUUAAGAAAUUGGAAGACCGGUAAAGGAGGAACCUGAGACAAGAUCGCUCAAAGGAAAACAAACAUUGAAAUAAGAGUGAACAAAAAGUAAAAAAACUGUUAAAAAAUACACGUGAACUAAAAGAUAUAUAAAUCGAACGGGUCUAUAGUAAUAGAAUCAGAGACUCAAAAAUAAUAAUAAUUGUAAUAAUAAGGACACCUGUUAUUAUUGGACAACAUUAUUAUACGGGCUUUAUUUAUAAAAAUAAAGCCACUAUUUUUAAAAACGCUUCAAAAUUAAAAGGAAAAAAAAAUACAUAAUUAAAGAUUACUCUGCUAAAACAAUUAAACGAUAGAAAAACGAAAGAGAGCGUGGUAUAUUCAACAUUAUAUCUUUUGGAGUGGGCACUAACAACACUACUCAGCAUUAUUAUAAAGAGAUGAUAAGCUAAUCAUUUUUGAGUGAAUUCCGAUGGAAUAUUCAAUAAUGAAACCAUCAAGGGGUAAAACACCAAACACUGUGAAUCAAAACUCUCCUACUAUCACUCAGCAAAAUUCAAUCAUUCCAGGAAAAUUUACAAUCACAGAUUGGUUAGAUGUGUGUGAAACUGAGAAUAUUGAAGAGCUUGUUGUUCAGAUAAUAAAUGAAGUGGUACAAAGUGCAUUGAAUAUAAUUUUUGAGAAAACGAUUGCAGAAAGAACACAAUUGUAUGCUGUCCUUGCACUUAAAUGGACUCUUAUUGAUAUUAUUGAGUGGCGUUUCUUUGAAAGUGCUCCUAGCCCAAAACAGUUAAUGAAUGAUUUAUUAUGGAAUGAAGACACAGAACCAUCUCCAUGUAAAAUUGAUAAUUGGGCAAAAGGUGCUGUUCCAUACAUUUCUUCUCCAAAUAAAGUUACUCAUUCAAGCCAAGAUAUUUAUUCAAACCAAGUAAUUCACUCAAAUCAAGUUAUUCGUUCAAUUCAAGAUGUUUAUUCAAACCAAGUAACUGAAAAGAUUGAUACAAGAUAUAAAAACAGAGAUGAUAAUAAUGAAAAUAUUAAAAGUGAGAUAUCUUUUAUAAAAGAUCUUAGUUUAAAAGAAGAUUGCAAGAUUUCCAAAAUUUCAGGAUCUAAUGAUUCAAAUGAGUUAGUUUCAAGUUUGAAAGACAAAGCUAGGUAUGAAGAAAAACCAUAUUUAUUACAGAACAAAGAAUUGCCAUUUAAAAAAGUUGUUUCUCCUGCUUCAAUAGAGUGCAAGAUGACAAAAGAUAUUUCACCAAAGAAAUUUCAAAAUAGAAAUACUAAUACUAAUUUAUUACCUUUUAAAGAUGUCAGUAAAUCAGCAAACUGUUCUUCAUUACUUAACCAAGUUGCCAAGCAAUCAGUAAAAUGUUCUUUAUCCAGAAGCAUUGAUAAUAAGAAUGCUGUCAAUACUCAAGCUGAUAAUAAAAUGUCAUAUGAAUCUAAUGUGAAUGCAUGUAUCACAGCUCAGCUAUCUUUACCUGACAUAACCAAUAACAUUAGAAACUUUGAUAAACAAGUCGCCAACACUACUAAUCGCUUUCAUAAUAAAAUAAAAGAUAAACAUAAUGGUUUUGAAAGAUUGAAUCUCAGUACUUUACCCAGAUACAGGGUUUGUCCUAAGUAUUCCAUUUGUGAUGAUAUAGAUGAUCAAGUUUAUACUAAAUUUCCAAGCACCAGAAGAGUCACUAAGUUAAAUACAACAAGCAUAUCAAUGGAUGUACACAGAAGACUAUCGCCACCUGCAUUAGUUGAUAUCAUUGAUGUUGCUGAGGGGGUUACCAUUAAAGAAGGAGAAUUUAUAAAAAAAAAAAGUCCUAAACUGAUAAAUUAUGUCACUAACAAUGAACGAGAAUGUUUGCUUUAUCCAAUAAGAAGUACUCCUUUACCAGUUCUUGUUAACUUAACAGAUGUGGUGGAUCAUUGUGCGACCGCCCGAAAGUUUACUGCCGCUUAGAAAAAAUUUUGCUGAACAGAAUUUUAAAAAUACAAACCAGUAGUUUAGUUGUAAAAGUAAGAAUGCCCUAGCCAAAAAAAAUAUUAAAAUAAAAAGUAUAAAAGUCCUAUUGGACCAAAAUUUGGACUUUGGAACAAAACAAAAAAAAAAGCUUUGAUAACUAUAAACACUUUUUUAACUAACGUGUUUUAAUUUAAUCAAUAGUUCAAAUCUGAGUUGUUUUUUUUGUUCUAAAUUUUUAUUGAAUCCUAUAGGUGUUUUUGUCUAGGGUGGGUUCUUCCUUUUUUUUUUUUUUUCAUUUGCCCCUUCCC